AUGGCGGAUUCCGAUUCAAAAGCUACCCCUACUGCAGAGUCUGUGGAUGCAGAUGAUAUGUCCACUGAGGACAAGCUUAAGCAGCUCGCUACCUAUGCUGAGCGGCUCAAGACAAGGGGCAAUGAACUAUUGAAAGAAGGAAAGCGUGAUGCGGCACUUGCUCUUUACACUCAGGGCAUCGAGGCUGCUGAGGCGAGCAAAUCGGACGCGUUGGCCUCUGCAUUAUACGGUAACCGAGCGCAAGUUUAUUUGGGCAAUAGAGAGUGGAAUAAGGUUGUCAAUGACUGUCGGAAGGCUGUAAAGGCUGAUAAACACAAUGUUAAAGCCUAUUGGCGCGCAGCGAAAGCGUCUUUAUCCGAGAAACUCUGGCAGCAAGCUAUCGAUCUCUCUCGUGAGGGGCUUAGUGCAAAUCCCGGGAAUAAAGAUCUUGAGAAGAUGCUGGCAGACGCCGAAGCGCAGUUGCAGAGAUACCGGGAGAAGAAAGCCUCGAAGCAGUCUAGCUCGUCGAUCUCAUUCGUGAGUGGAGGUGAUAGCAGAAGUGAUGAAGUGUCACCUGAGGAAGCCAUGGAACAGCAACGGCUAGUUAAGGAACUGAACGAUCAGUAUUCGGGAGUCCGACAGCAACUCCGAUCAGCGGAAGUCGAAAAAGCUAAGACAGGGAAUGCGAGGGACAUCAUCCAGAACAUGCUGAAGGAGGACUCUCAAUUACAUACGUAUCGCGCCGUGGGGAAGUGUUUCAUUCUAUCUGAUUCUGCUGAGCUCACGACCGACAUGUCGAAGGCUGAAAAGCACUUGCAAGAGAAUGUCAUACCACAGCUGAAAAAAUCAGAGGAGGCGAUAUCAAAGCGAUGCAAAAAUGCUCAAGGGGAACUGGACAACAUGGUGAAGCACCUGAGGAAAUCCCCUACCGCAACAGCAUAGUUGGCUGAACCUCUAUAGCUGUAUAGAAGCUGGUGCUAGUAUACCCUUGAGGAUUCCUAGAG